CUAAAGGACCGGGCGGGGCGUCCGGAGCGCGUGGGCCUGCAGAUCGGGUCAAGAGGUUGAAGGUGCUGUGCGUGAUCCAGGAUCCAAGUUGGCCCCCGGAGCAGGAGCAUGGCGUCGUCGGGAUCGGUGCAGCAGCUGCGGCUGGUGCUGCUGAUGUUGCUGCUGGCCGGUGCGGCACGGGCCAGCCUCUACUUCCGCCCGGGCCAGACCUGCUACCGACCCCUUCACAGGGACCACCUGGCUCUGCUGGGGCGCAGGACCUAUCCUCGGCCACAUGAGUACCUGUCCCCAGCGGAUCUCCCCAAGAACUGGGACUGGAGGAAUGCGAACGGUAUCAACUAUGCCAGCGUCACGAGGAAUCAGCAUAUCCCACAGUACUGUGGUUCUUGCUGGGCCCACGGCAGCACCAGUGCCUUGGCAGAUCGCAUCAACAUCAAGAGAAAAGGUGCGUGGCCCUCCACCCUGUUGUCGGUGCAGAAUGUCAUCGACUGCGGCAAUGCUGGCUCUUGUGAGGGGGGCAAUGACCUUCCGGUGUGGGAGUAUGCCCACAAGCAUGGCAUCCCCGAUGAGACCUGCAACAACUAUCAGGCCAAGGACCAAGACUGUGACAAGUUUAACCAGUGUGGGACCUGCACUGAAUUCAAAGAGUGCCACACCGUCCAGAAUUAUACCCUCUGGAGAGUGGGUGACUAUGGCUCCCUGUCCGGGAGGGAGAAGAUGAUGGCAGAGAUCUACGCCAAUGGUCCCAUCAGUUGCGGGAUAAUGGCAACCGAGAGGAUGUCUAACUACACUGGAGGCAUCUAUACUGAGUACCAGAACCAGGCCAUUAUCAACCACAUCAUCUCUGUAGCCGGCUGGGGUGUCAGCAACGAUGGCAUCGAGUAUUGGAUUGUCCGCAAUUCAUGGGGCGAGCCCUGGGGUGAGCGAGGCUGGAUGAGGAUUGUGACCAGCACCUAUAAGGGAGGGACAGGUUCCAGCUACAACCUCGCCAUUGAGGAGGCCUGCACAUUUGGGGACCCCAUUGUCUAGGUAGAUGUCCCUGGAAGCAACACUGUGAACCAUGAUGGGGAGGGGUGAUUAUCGACACUGGAUAUGUCCAUUCAGCUAGAAACAGUGGCCCUCAUGUGGACAUGAGGACCAGAGUGUGGGCUGCACCCCGAGAGGUGAUAGGAAAGGAUGAGCCACAACUACACUGGAACCCUCUACCUUCAGCCCUGCUUCCUCC